UCGGGUAUUCAGCAGAUUGUCGUGAACAUUGAAAGCAAGAAGCAAGAAUAUUAGCACUCAACUUACUUUAGUUGCACUAAGUAAUUUCAUUUAGUACAAAAACAUAUUUAAAGUUAAAAAAAAAAACAAAGUUUUUCGAAAAUGUCUGCGAAAAAUGUGAAUUCACUUGUCGGUGCCACCACACGCUACAUCGCCGGCCGAAAUGCAAUGCAGACAGUUUAUUGGCGCACWAUGCCCGGAACUGAUGGACGAAUGGUGAAAAUACAUAAAAACUGUGAAUUCGAYAAAGUACAGAACCUGCCCGAGAAAAUUCGCAUGCAGUAUUACCAUAAAAACUUCUGGACCUCAACGGAUGGGGCACAUUGAUCUCGGCCGCAAAAAAACAAAAUGAAUUUUUAGMCUAGCGAAUUUAGUAUAAGAUGUGCGCUUGUGUUCUUCUAUUAGUUAUUGAUGUCGCAACUCAAUUAGUUCAUUAUUAAAACGGCAAAAUGCGCAACUACACACAAACUCAACCAUAUUGAUAUAUUUAAUUGUGUGSGAGCGUGUGUUAGGGCCCGCCCCCGCUUCAUGUAAAUGCCCAUGUGAAACACUUCAAUUCAUUUAAUCGCCAACUAAUGAGCAGCAAUAACGCCGCCUGCGUGUGCAUACACCUUGCACAUGCUCAUGGUGUGGUUUGGAUUGUAGGCCAAUGGAAGUCACUACGUUCAAAGUACUUAAGUACAUAUUCACUCUAAUGCCAAUUGGCACAUAUUAAUAUAAACACUUGCUGUUACAAUAAUCUCUGCCUUUCACACUGUGUGUACGUGGAACAAWAUGUGAGGUCAAGCUGCCACGUAUUAAUGAAAGAUUAAGAAAAUAGGUACACUUCAACGCCGGAUUAAUGCGGUUAAAACCUGCUAAUUCUAAACAGAACUAUAAAACUCGAGCUCGAGAUUGCUGAUAGAUUUGCACCUUGGUGCACUUAAGCGCAAUAUGGCUAUUCGUAACAUAGUAACUUUUUCAAGGGGUUCCUUCCAACUUAUACCAUUGAUAUUUACAAAUGUGUUUGAGCAUAAUUUAUUUUCCUUACUUUCCUUUAAUAAAUAAAUAUGUAUGUAUUUCUUUUCU